AUGAAUGUAAAAAAUCCACUCACCUGGAUCUUUAGGUGGUUUCAGACCGCCUUGAAGUUCAUCAGUUCCAGGGCCAAAUCAGGAGGGGGUCCCUCUGCCACUGGCACCACCCAGCAGGCCCCACCCCAAAGUCAUCAAGGACCCAAGGACCCCCAGCAAGGCACCAGGUCAAAAGGUCAAUUAGACAGCCACCUUGGAGAGAAAAGAAGCAUCCCACGCUCCAUUCUUUCAAAGUCCCGUGAAGCACAGGUAGCCCCUAUAAAGAACCGAGAAUCACCAGUAGAAGAAGCUCAAGAAGCUCUCUCCCCAUCAGCCUUUGGCGCCACAAAUUAUCCAGAUGGCAGCUCCCAGCUCAGUAGUUCAUCAAAUCAACGUAUCAGCCAAUCGCAGGUAUCUGCCCUCCCUCCCACACUUGCACCUUCAAAGGCACCGGCCGUGUCCCUCAUUCAAGGUGACAAACCGACUGUCGGAGGGGGGUCACCGAAGAUUCUACCUCCCGCGCCGACAGAGAGGGUGCGUAGCCUGACCAAUCCCAGCUCGGAUUCGGAAGCAAGCAGCCAGUCUCCGUCGUCUGCCAGCUCCAUUCCAUUCGCCUACGAUAGCAAAGCGCCACCGCAGGUCGACAUCAACCCAGUGUCGGCAUCACCCCAUACUGGCAGCUUGGAGAGGUCAAUAGAGAAGGCCUCCGAUCAGUUGAGGAAGCUGAGCAGUUCCUGGAAAGAUGAAACAAGCCAGGAGAAACCUGGUAUGGAGAUGAGGACAAUGCAGCAUCAUAGAGAUGAGGUUGAUAGUUGCCAUGGUGACAAGGAUGAUGCCGACCAAGAUAGUGGGAGUAUCAUGGUUGGAGCCUCCCAUAGAACUAAACAUGACAGUGGCACAGUACACACGUUGUAAUAAACCUUGGUCCAUCCAUGAACUCUGCUUUAAUAUAGAUAAAACUUGAAUUGGCAACUUUCACAUAAUAGCACAGUAUCAUGAAUCAUCGUUUUUAUGAAGUGUCUCAAUAGGACAAUAGCGAUUUAUUUUU